AUGGAGAUCAUGACGAGUCCUUACAAACUAGCCAAAGAUAGCCCCUCACGCCAGCUCCUGUGGGAGCUCGGUCAGCUCGCGAUAUCAACACAGGAAGGAUUCUACGCCCAUCUGGACAGGGAGAGCCAUGAACGUGAGGCACUUCACCAGCAGGCGCUCGCUGCAGCCACUGCAAAACAUGAGAGCGUUCGGCGAACCGCGGAGCAGUACCGGGAAAGGCUAGAAGCACAGAUACAGGCGGAGCGAAAACGGAGAGACGAUGAAGAGGCAAAGGGAUUGGAAAAGCUGCGCCGAGAAAAGGUCGAGCAAGAAAUUGCGGAGAGGAAGAGAGAGGUCGAACGAGCCAAGACAAUUGAGCUUGAGGAGAAGAGAAUUGCCGAGGUCAAGAGGUUAGAGAAAGAGGCCGCGGAUCGCAAAAAAGCGGAGAGAGAAAGACAGGACGCUGAGACUGCCAAACGUCAAGAAGAAGAGCGUAAAAAAGCAGCCCGGCAGAAAGAUGAAGCCGCGGCAGCAGAGGUCCGUGCCAGAGAAGUGGCCGUUGCAGCUCAAGAGGCUCGCUCUGCGCCAGUCGUUCAAGCACCGGCACCGAUCUCAGCUCCUGCUCCACCUGUUCAGCAGUCUACCCCGACGACUCAACCAAUCCAAAACACCCAGUCAGAAGCUGAGCAUUCCAGGUAUCUCGAGAUUCACCGUGCAUUAAAGGAGCUUCGAAAGUUCAUGACCGCGCAGGCGAAGCAAAACGCACAGCUCAAAGGAGCCAUGGGCGACAUGAGACGCGAGAUCAGAAAAUCUGUUGGACAGUUAAGAGACGGAAAGGGUGCGAAUAAGGUUCAGCUGCAAACAACGAUUGAGACCCUCAAGAAAGCGGCCACUCUCGCCGAACCCCAGGUCGACAUCACCAUGUUCCUCGCAUCACCUCCGCAAGUAGAUGACCGCAAUGGUCCUGCUCUACUCGUCUACCUUCUUAAUAUUUUUGCAAAGGCUAUGAUCGCCCAAUUCAUCAACGAAGCUGGUGUCAGGCCUCUUAUAGCCGACAACCUUGGUACCGUUGCAAGUCAUAUCUUCGCAUUGGACAACUUCCGUUGGAAAGGCAUUUCUCUCAUCGACGUUCUCAUCGCGAAGUUCCAUGUCGUCUGUCCAGUACUCUUCGGUAUCUACGGUAAUGAACGAACCCUGGAAGGAAAGCAUCGUCUCGGUUGGUGGCGAGAGGAAGGUGGCGGAGCGUUUGUGCCAGAGCAGAGGCACUUCGAGAGGAUGACAGGUCUCGGAGCCGGCUUUGCGGGCAUCUCACUUAAGAAUUACGAGAAAGCUCGCGCGCAGAACCCCUAUCCAGAUAAGCACUACUGGACGUCGCUUGCCAGUAUCACCAACGUUCCUCCACAGGAGAUCACGCAAACACAUUUCGUAGUGCUCAAGGCCAUGAUUGAAAAUUUUGAGUCAAAAUUCUUACACUUCUUCGGAGACGCGGCGAUUGCAGCAUUGAGGCUCGCCUUGAUUGAGCUUCCAAGGAGAUCACCUCCUAGUGUCGCAGCAAAGUCGCUGGCUGGGUUGGUAGAUGUGCUCAAGAGGGAUAAGAAGCUUAUCUUGUGA